AUGCCACCAGCGACUCAAGGAACCGCUCAUCCGCCUGAAGAUACGUUUCGUAUUCUACUUGCAACCGACAAUCAUAUUGGAUAUAAUGAAAGAGACCCGAUACGCGGUCAGGACUCGAUAAACACGUUUGAAGAGAUUUUGCAGCUCGCAAGAAAGCAUAAUGUCGACUUCGUUCUACUUGCUGGAGAUCUUUUCCACGAGAAUAAACCAUCGAGGGAGUCACUUUACAGGACAAUCGCAUUGCUUCGUGAAUACACUAUGGGAGACAAACCUAUCCCAGUUGAGCUGCAAAGUGAUCCAGAUGAAGGAAAGGCCUAUGGAUUCUCGUUUCCUGCAAUCAACUAUGAAGACCCAAACCUAAACGUUGGCAUUCCCGUUUUCUCCAUACAUGGGAAUCACGAUGAUCCUCAAGGCGCUGGAGCAGAAGGCGCCCUUUGUGCCCUGGACGUUCUUUCUGUCUCCGGUUUGCUCAAUUACAUGGGGAAGAUAGAUCUUCCUGUUGUAGAUGUGGAAGCGACAAAUACAGGCAUAGCAGUACGCCCCAUCCUUCUGCGCAAAGGCAAGAGCAAUCUUGGUAUGUAUGGGAUAGGUAAUGUCAAAGAUGCUCGAAUGCAUUUUGAGCUCAGAAGCAACCGAGUAAGAAUGUUCAUGCCAAGAGACAAAGAUAACUGGUUCAAUCUCCUCUUGGUUCACCAAAAUCGGGUAAAACAUGGUCCUCAAGAAUUUGUUCCAGAAGGCAUGUUUGACGAUAGCGUUGAUCUUGUUGUGUGGGGCCACGAACAUGAUUGUCGAAUCAUACCAGAACCAGUAGCAGGGAAAAGCUACUACAUUUCUCAGCCAGGUUCUUCAGUCGCUACCUCCUUAGCCGACGGCGAAGCUAUUCCCAAGCAUGUGGCACUUCUUACGAUACACGACAAAGAAUUUCAAAUUGAACCGCUUCUACUUCGAACGGUACGGCCUUUCGUGAUUGAAGAAGUAGUUCUCAGCGAAGUUGCCGACGAAGAGGGAUUUGACCUCUCUGACCAAAUUGAAAUUUCGAAAUUCUUGAAAGCCAAAGCGAAUGCACUGAUCGAGAAAGCACAAGAUGAGUGGCAGGAGCGUAAUGCCGAAAUUGUCCGGGAAGGCGGCGAGGAACUCAAGCCUAUGCUUCCACUCAUUCGACUGAAAGUAGACACUACUGGCGUAAGCGAAAUGUCCAAUCCUAUCCGCUUUGGUCAAGAGUUUCAAGGACGCAUCGCCAAUCCUCGGGACAUGCUAGUCUUUCAUCGGACAAAGAAAUCUGCGCGUUCGGCAGCUUCCAAAAUUUCUGCUGAUGAGCCGGAGCUCAGCAUCGAUGACCCGGAUUUGAGUGUUUCAGAGAAACUUGCCAAAGUAAGGGUGGCAACACUGGUGAAAGAAUAUCUUUCCGCUCAGGAGCUGCAGCUGUUGGGAGAAAAUGGAAUGUCAGACGCUAUUCAGAUGUUCGUCGAAAAAGAUGACAUUCAUGCGAUUCAAAGUCAUGUUAAUCGGUCGCUCAAAAUGAUGUUGAAGGCAGUUCAAGCCAACGAAGAUCUCCAGGAGGAGGACUUAGAGGAUAAGUUGACCAAUAUCAAAGAGCAGCAAGACAAAGAUUACGUCGCCGGGAAAACCAAGUCGAAUGCGAAAGGCAAAGGCAAGGCUAAAGCGAACGAUUCCGAUGCGCAAUCUGAAGACUCUAUGAUGAUGGAUGUCGACACUAGAGGUGGUGGUUCAGAAUUUGAUGAGCCUGAUUCUGAAGAAGAACCUCCGAAGAAAAAGGCUGCUGUGAAAAAGCCUGUUCCUGCGAAGAAAGCACCUGCCAAGAAGGCUACAAAAGCCCCGGUCAAAAAGACAACUCGAGGAAAGAAGGUUGUCGACUCAGACUCAGACGAAAUCAUUGAAAUUCCAGACGAUGAUGAGGAGGAUGAAGAAGAAGUAGUAGUAACAAAACCUACAAAGAGAACAAAUCGAGCGGCAGUUCUCAGUCAAAGUCAACCUAAAAAGGCCCCGGCGAAGAAAAAGGCUACAGCAGCUCCCAAACAGUCUCAACUCGCGUUCCAGCCGGCCGCAACUGGAAGAUCCUCGAGAGCCGCUGCUUCCAAAGCUCGAGGAAGGAUGGUUGUUGAUGACGACGACGAUAGUGAUUGA